GGAAUUGUUUACUGCAAGAGUUUUCAUGCAAACUGUAGUGUUUCUCUCGGAAUCUAAUUGUGCAUGAUGGACCUAUUACUGUGUAAUCAGAGCAGUUCCCUCGCAGGAUCUCCAGGGGUUAAUUAAAUGAAUGAGGUAUGCCCAAAUGUAGACAGGAGGACCACCUGAUCCCCCCCACCCCUCCUCUACAUCCUCCUCAUCACCACCCCCCAUCACCACCUCUAUAGGGAAACUAUUGUUACCAGAAAGAGUCACGUUGCUUGGCAUCGGCGGUGUUCUUUACCUGUGGAGUUUAUUAGGUUACUAUACCAAGCCAUGCAGGAUGAUCCAUCACUAUUGGCCAUCAUCCUCAUCCUCCUCAAUGACUUGGCCUUGCAGCCGCACACAGAGGACCUCAUGAGGAGCUGGAAUCCUAAACUGCUCUUAGCUGUUUCCAUGAAAGGCUGCUGUCUGUGCAAGGUUAAAUGAACAGCAAAGGGAAUGUUUGUGUCUUCCUCUUCAGAUGUGAGGCUUUUACAGAGAGACAGGCACUCGCUAACUGCUAUGCACGUUGCAACAUGAGCAUGCUAAGCCCGGCCAGGAAGAAAUCAAUGAUCGGAUAUACAGCUUGUGCAUACAUGGAUUUAUCUAUGUCAUGAUAAACUGAUGAUCUCCGCAAUGCUGUCACCGACAAUUCAUUGAUGCCGCAAAGUAUUUUUAGUCCAUGACCAGAGAGUUAUACUUCAUGGGAGGAGUCAUGCUUCACACGGCUACAUCUUGCUGGCAUUUAAUCCUGUGUGUGACCAUGGUUUUGGUCUAUGUUGGGACCACUCUAGGCUGUCCUGCCCGCUGUGAGUGCUCAGCGCAAAACAAGUCUGUCAGCUGUCAUCGAAGACGACUCAUCUCUAUACCAGAGGGCAUCCCGAUAGAGACUAAAAUUUUGGAUUUAAGUAAGAACAAAUUAAAAAGUGUGACCCCAGAGGACUUUUUGAAUUAUCCUUUGUUGGAGGAGAUAGACCUUAGUGACAAUAUCAUCUCAAAUGUGGAGCCUGGAGCUUUUAAUAAUCUUUUCAAUUUACGUUCUUUGAGCUUAAAAGGAAAUCGUUUAAAACUGGUGGACCUGGGUGUCUUCACAGGUUUGUCAAACUUGACUAAGCUUGAUAUAAGCGAAAACAAAAUAGUUAUCUUAUUAGACUAUAUGUUUCAGGGUCUUCAUAAUUUAAAGUCCCUUGAAGUUGGAGAUAAUCAGCUAGUUUUUAUAUCACAUAGAGCUUUUAGUGGACUGCUUAGCCUGGAGCAGCUCACCUUGGAGAAAUGCAACUUAACAGCCGUACCCACUGAAGCCCUUUCACACCUACACAACCUCUAUAGUCUCCAUUUAAAAUAUCUCAACAUUAACGCGUUGCCUGAAAUUGCCUUCAAGAGAUUGUUCCGGCUGAAAAUUUUGGAUAUCAGUUAUUGGCCUCUUCUAGACAUCAUACCUGCAAACAGUUUUUAUGGCCUGAACCUGACAUAUCUCUCAAUUACUUACACCAAUAUCUCAAUAAUUCCUUAUCAUGCUUUAAAACACUUGAUAUACUUAACUCACCUAAAUCUCUCCUUUAACCCCAUUAGCAGUAUUGAAGCAGGAGCAUUGGGAGACUUGGUUCGUCUUCAGGAACUACACUUGGUUGGAGCCCAAAUUCGCAUUAUUGAAGCACAUGCCUUUCAAGGGCUCAGGUUCCUGCGCUUACUUAAUGUGUCUCAAAACCAGUUGGAAACAUUAGAAGAGAAUGUUUUCCACUCUCCAAAAGCUCUUGAAAUUCUUUGUAUUGAUAAUAACCCACUAAUAUGUGACUGUCGUCUCAUUUGGAUGCUGCAAAGGCAUCCCAUGUUGAAUUUUGGGGGCCAGCAGCCAACAUGUGCUAGCCCAGACACUAUUAAAGAGAAAUCUUUCAAGGAAUUCCACAGCACUGUACUAUCGCUAUACUUUAUAUGUAAAAAACCUAAAAUCAGGGAAAGAGAAAUGCAACAGUUGCAUGUAGACGAGGGGCAGAGGGUGCAGAUGAAUUGCAAUGCUGAUGGAGAUCCCCACCCAAUGAUUUCCUGGGUUACGCCCCAGAGGAGGAUGGUGUCAGCAAAAUCCCAUGGAAGAGCCACAGUAUUGGUCAAUGGCACUCUGGAAAUAAGGUAUGCCCAAGUUCAAGACACCGGAACCUAUGUUUGUGUUGCUAGUAAUGCUGCUGGAAAUGAUACUUUCUCAGCUUCCCUUACUGUGAAAGGAUUUGUUCCUGAUCGCUCCUACACCAAUAUGACCCCAAUGUUCAUUACAGAAUUAAAUGAAACCAACACUAAUGGCACCAAUUCUAAUAUGACAUUUUCCUUGGAUCUUAAGACAAUACUGGUUUCCACAGCUAUGGGUUGCUUUACAUUCCUGGGAGUGGUUUUAUUUUGCUUCUUGUUGCUUUUUGUUUGGAGCCGAGGGAAAGGAAAGCACAAAACUAGCAUUGACCUGGAAUAUGUCCCUCGCAAAAACAAUGGUGCUGUAGUGGAAGCAGACGUCACAGGCACUGUACCCAGGAGAUUUAACAUGAAAAUGAUAUAGCAGAAGGCUACAAGCAGAGUUUUGUUAUCUUCUGGCAUUGUUUCUACCAACUAAAAUAGCCUGGCAAUUUGGAUUGCUGGGUGGAGGCAGCUACAUGAGGCUGCCAAUGUGUCCAAUUGGCUUUGUGAUAUUAGAAAGACAGUCUAGAGCUGCUCAAAAGAGCCCAGUGACCUGUGUACAAGAACUCGAGGGCAUUUCAUGGAGUUGUUUCACUAAUUCUUUGCAUUGCAAAUAUUGGCAUUCUGGGGAUCUCAGUAACUAACUGUUGACUCAUUCUCAUGGACAACUGCUCAACAUUUUCUACCACUGAAAACAAAAAAACAACCUACAGUGUAGGAUUUUCAUACCGAAAUAACACACAUGUCCAAAAACAUAUUCCAGAGUGUAAUUUGUAUCUAUAGAUAUCAUUUGUUUAAACUGAGCAUCAUUCUUUCUUGUUGGUUUCACAUUACAAAUUAAUUGGAAUGGCUUAUUUUAUUCACAUUCCCAACCUGAAGCAAUACAAAGGAGAGAUUGUGCUUUGCGUCCACUAAUAAUGAUGACUUCAGAAAGUCCAGCCAUGAAUCAUAUUAAAAUAUCACCUGUAGCCAAUCAAGCAUUGGUCCAUGAUACAGAGUGGCUUGUUAUUCUUUUUAUUUUUUUAAUAUAUGCUAAAAUGUACAUGUUUCUAUUGAAUCAAAAUUAAGACUAUAUGGAAUAACAACAAAAUUUGAAUGUUAGUUCCCCAUUGUAAAAAUUAAUCAUUAUAGACAUACCAUCUUUGGCUCAGUGAUGUUUAACAUGGUAACCAUGGCAUUAAAACUGUUCAUCGGAUUCCCAACCUUUAUUUUUAUUUACAUUACUUUUGUUUGUACCCAGCUGAAAAUUUUAAAGCUGAAUCGAUGCUUGGUUAUAUUUAUUGUGUGACAAUGUUUAUAAAGACAUAUACAUAAUUUGAUACAGAGCUGAGUUAUUUUUUAUACCUAGUAUAACAAUGGACCAGUUUACUGUAACAGAAAAGAAAAAUGUAUAGUCAUCCAGGUUGACAAAGUGUAGCCAACUGUUGACAUAUCUUGUUUAGUGGAAGUCAAUAGUGCAGAUCAGAAUGGCCCAUAUGUGUCUUAUGACUUGCAGUAAAUGACAAGGGUUUAGUAUUGUGGCAGUUACAGCUAUGAUUCUCUAUGAAAAAAAAAA